AUGCCUCCAAGCAGUAAAUCAUUAUUGGACAGUGUUUUUUUGUGGAAAAUAGUAGUACAAAUUGUGAACAAGAUUAGAGCUCAAGCGUUACAAAGAUUAUUCAAAACCUUGGUCGAUGAAAUUGACAGUCAAUACGGGAAACUACUUCUUUCCCCCUUGCCACUACUUCUUCCGUGUUGCUUUGAAAGUGAAAGCGUUAUUUAG